UGUUACGUUAAUAAAGGAUUGUCGAAUCUCAUUUCAAAGCAAACAUCCAAGAUCGAAGGCUGUGCUGAAAAUACGAAACACAUCCAAAAUGGCUUCGCAACUUUUCUAUGCGUGUAUAGUGCUGUUUUUAGCACAAGCUUUCGCGAACAUGGCUAAUUUUAAAUUUGAUUAUUGUGGCAAUAAAAUCGGAUGCAUCAAAUUUGACACCGCUUGCACAAACAAGACCAAUUGCAAAGGGAUUGCGAUGUAUUACUAUAAUAGUACUGACAUGAAAAUGCAUUUUUACCUUUCCACCAACCAAAAAUGGAUGGGAUUUGGACAAAAAAUAGGUGGAACUGUAGAUAAAAUGAAUGGAAUCAAAGGUGUAUAUUGCUCAAACCCAAGUGCAACCACUGUGGCUUUCUUCGGAGCAACAGAAGCUGAAGCCCCACCAUCCAUAACAAAGACAUCCUCUCAGGUUAAAGAUGUGACUGUCGUUGACCUGACGAGUAAUGGUGGUGUUACGUCUUGCUACUACACCAGAAAAAUGAAUAUAGUUGAUGCAGACAGUAUCAUGGUUCAACACAACCUUACAAGUUCUCUGCUAAAUGCAAUUGCUUAUGGGGACGUUGGUACAAAUGUUAAAGGGGAAGCUGUGACCAAACAUACGGGUAGAACUUUUGUUCCAGCGGUUAAUUGGAUGCAUUUCGCUAUACCCAAGCAAGCUACUGAUGCUGCUGUUGUCACAGGAUCAUCUACUUUAUUGCUAUCCUUCGCAUUCGUGUUAGUUGCAGCAGUCGGAUUUUAUUAGACAAGACAUGUUAUUCUGUUAAAAAUUGCAGCCAAAGUAGCGAUAAGGAAGUAUCACAGGGGAUGGAUAAAACAUUUAUUUCUCGAAUUUUUUAUCUUUAUACUUGAUAACUGGUUUAACGGUGUUGGAAAUUUUGCUGUGUUAGAAUUUUUCUAUGGUUUUUUACGGUUGCUUUGCGCAUAAAAUAGCUAGCUAGUAACGAACUCAAAGAAUAAAUAAGCUCAAAUAAUAUUGGUAUAUUAUGCGUUAUGUAUUUUUACUAGGAUGCUGAACGUUUAAAUUUUUAGGAUUAAAAGCACAUAUGUAUUGUUCUAUGAAAUAAGAAAACAUGGAAACUUAUUCUUUAAAAA